UUUCGAGUUCCGCAGGCGCGUUACUGUGCAGCUGUCGCGCGCGUGGAAGGAAGUCCACGUCCACGUACAGUGUAAACGAUCAAGUGGAUUUGAAGGCAACCUUUUUAACCUUCUGUACUUCGUUACUACGACGCCAAAUAAGUCACGGUGCGCGUGCACGAUGGAGUCGGACGCGAGCCGCGUGUCGUCGCCGGACACGGACGCCGUGUUUCUGUCCACGCUGCGCCGCCCCGCGCACGCGCACGGCUUCCCGGGCGCCGUGUCGUCCACGCAGGGCGACUCCCCCACGCACCGUCCCCACGCGGGCGGGCCGUACCCCCACCACCACCACCACCACCACCACCACCACCCGCGCCAUCAUCAGCACCUGCAGGACGACGACGACGACGACGAUGACGACGACGACGACGCGCUUUCCGCGGCGGCGCGCGCGGCCUCCAAGAAGGAGCGCAAGUUGCUGUCCGAGAACGAGCUUCAGUCCAUCCGCCUGAAGAUCAACAGUCGCGAGCGCAAGCGCAUGCACGACCUGAACGUGGCUAUGGACGGUCUGCGCGAGGUCAUGCCCUACGCGCACGGGCCGUCCGUGCGCAAACUCUCCAAGAUCGCCACCUUGCUCCUGGCCAGGAACUACAUCCUCAUGCUCAGCUCCUCGCUGGAGGAGAUGAAGCGCCUGUUGGCGGACAUUUACGGCGGCGGGGGAGCAGGGGGAGCGGGGGCAGGAGGCGGCGGAGGGGCCGCGCACCACGCCGGCUUCCACGCUUCCAUGACGCACCCGCACCCACACCCGGCCGCGGUGGCGGCGGCGGUGGCUGCCGCGGGGCCGCACGGGGUGCACCACCCGCUGCUGCCGCCCCCUCCUCCGCCUCCGCCGCCCUCCGCCAGGGCCCCUGUACACGGACUCCUGAAGGCCCCCGCGCCCGGCCCGGGCCCGCUGGGGGCCGCCUUCCAGCACUGGGGGGUCGCCGCCGGGAUGCCGUGCCCGUGCAGCAUGUGCACGGUGCCGCGCCUGCAGGCGGGAGAGUCCAAGUGACGCCCCCCGGAUCCACCCCCCACCCCCUCACGAACUGCUUGUCCUCCCCGCGGGAAUAUGCUCCUCCGCUGGUGACAUGUAAAUAGUUGUACAGUCCAGCCACACGCACUGGAAAAAAGAAAAAGUCCUUUCAAUUGAAGUCAUUCCAACGCUCAUGUCGGUUGCACUUGAUUCAAAUGUGUUCACCUCACAUCGACAUUAUUCGAUUGUUUUCCAGGAAAACAGGGGCAAAUUGCGUUUGAAUCGUGCGCAACCGAUGGACAUGACCAAAUUAAGGACUUUUUUCUUCACUGCACGCACGGACACGUGCACGCGCGCUCUCCCUCUCUUUUCGUUUGGAUUUGCUCCCAGACACUUUGUGUAUUUUUUGUAAUAAAUGAUAAUAAAUGAAUGAAUGAAUAUUUAUUGACACGUGUCAUGUGACUCCACUAGAAAAUAAAAGUCCAAAAAAUGACAAUAUGAACAUGAAUGGUGACGUUUACUUUUUUCCGUUUCGAUUUCAAUAUGACAUUUUUUUUUGAUUUAAGUCUUAUUCCCUGAACCUUGAUUAUCUUCGAAAUUAAAAAAGAAAUAAAAUAAAUUCAUUGAUUGUCGUGUUUUCCCACAAUUGAUCUUGUCAAUUUAAUCAAGUUGACACGUUAAAAUGCAUCAUUUACGUUCAUUAUGGUUCAAUAAUUCUAAACAUUAAUAUCCCAAAUUACAUUUUUGCAUAAUUUUCAUUAUUCACGUCAUGUGCACACCAAUGUGUCACACAUUGAAUUUGUUUGUUUUGUGCAUAAGUCAUUAUGAAUAUUUAUAUUUCAUAAAUAAUUAUUAUCAUUCAAAGUCCUUGUUGUGAGUUUGGAGGUCACCCAAAGCAAUGGAACAUUUUCGGAUCAUUAAUAUUAAUAACCUCUAAAUCUCUUGAGGGUCAAAUUGAUAUGUAAUACUUCAAUACUAAGGCGACCAUAAGUAUCGCAUACUGUAUAUAAUAUAAACUAUGUAACGCAUCAAAAUCAUUUGUUGAACAUACCAAUCAGUCUUGCUCCUAUAAAUAUAAAAAUAAUAUCAAAAUAUUUUGACAUAUAAAUCAUGAUGUCAUUAUGAGGUUUUAUGGAAAUGUUCUUGUCAAUUUUAUGUUUAUGAUUAAUAUCCAUAAGUUAUUGUCUCAUACAAGCAAGACAUAAUAAAUAAACACAAAGAAAUAAUCAUCAUCAUUAUUAUUAUUAUUAUAAAAGAUGUGGAAAUGUUCGUUGUUUUCUGUAAGGUUUUAACAUGCUCAACAAUUUUAUUAAUAUCAAUAAUGGUAGAAUAGAAGUGAUUAUGAAUAACAAUGUUUCUCAGUUAACCUAAUUUGAUAAUACUGAUCAUAAAGUUAAUAAUGAUACUGUUACUGAGUAAAAAGGGAGCUUUUUAAAAAAAUACUGAAAUUCAAAUUACAUUCUAAUAAUAAUAAUAAUAAUAAGAAGAAGAAGAAAUCUCUUCAAUGGCUUCUCAUAUUAUCAUUUAGAUGUUUUCCUGUAAUACUAGUAUUACAAAUUUCAUUUUCAAUAUUGUUAUUAAAGAUGUAGGGAGGCAAGGAGCAUUUUAAAACUACAGAUUUUCUUUUGACAUUUUUCACAUUUUAUUAAUAAUAAAUAAUAGUCUUAGUAAUAAUAGUAGUGAUAAUAGUAUUGUUUCCCUAUCAUUAUGUUAAUUGUUAGAUUUAUUACUAAAGAUGAAACACGAGGAGCUUUUUAAACAUAACGGGGAAAAAACUUUGAAAGAUUUUCCACCUUUCAAAUGAGAACUGUACAUUUCCUUGAUGAAUGAAUGCACUUAAAAUUAUUCGUUAUGAAUAUUUUGCCCUUGUUAAUUAGUUGUAUUUAAUUGAGGAUUAUUUGAUUUGUGUGCUUCAGAAAAGCAUGUCAAAGGAAAAAAACAAAUGUUUAUUUCAAUGUUUGAUGAGCCUAGACAUGCCCCAAAACACACUUUCACAGUGCACACACACACCCACACACAUAUACGCAAUCACAUGUAUCACUUACUUCUUUCAUCUAUAACCGCUUCAUACAACAAAGAGCAUGAACGUGAUAUGUCUUUGUUUUAUGUUUUGUUUGUUUGUUUGUUUUUGCAUUGUUUUUGGUGACAGUGACCUCAUGGAAAAGUCAUUUCGGCCCUCUGUAUUUUUCACACAUAUUGAGGACUGACAUUAAAUGCUACCAUACCA